AUGGCUCUCGAACCACAAGUUGGCCCCGUCGCCCUCCUGCUCACUGGCCUCGUCGCCGCGCCGCUCGCCUACUUCCUCCUCCUCCUCGUCGUCGUCGCCGGCGGCAAAAAGAAGUCCGCUGGUGCUGCUGCUCCCACGUCACGCCACGACGUCCGGAGGCUGCCGCUGCCGACGUCGCCGCAGGGCUUCCCGCUGCUGGGCGCACGGCCCGGUGCUGCUGCUCCGCCUGGGCCGCGUGCCCACCGUGGUCGUGUCCUCCGCGGCCGCCGCCGAGGAGGUGAUGCGGGCGCGCGACCAGGGGCGGAGCUACAGGGUGGUCCCUGUGGGCCGUGGACCACCCUGCGCUCGGCCCAACCAAAGCCCAUAGGUAGAGUUAGGACUCGCUCAGUCGCUCAGGAUCUUCCGGUUGCCGCCAGGAAGGUGAUCACCGACUUUCAGAAGCUCAUCGGGACGGUGCCGGUCGGGGAGCUAAUGCCGUGGCUAGGCUGGGUGGACGGCAUCACCGGGUUGGAGCGAAAGAUCAGGCGGACGUUCGAGGCGCUCGACGGGCUGCUCGAGAAGGUGAUUGAUGACCACCGCCCGCGGCCUCGCGGAGGCGGUGGUGACGGCGAUGGCCGGGACUUCGUGGACGUGUUGCUGGACGUCCACAAGAACGACAAAGAGCACGGCAUCCAACUGGAGACCAACGAAAUCAAGGCCAUCAUCUUGGACAUGUUCGCGGCAGGCACGGACAUGACAACCACGGCGAUGGAAUGGGCCAUGGCGGAGCUCGUCACGCACCCGCGCGCCAUGCGCAGAGCCCAGGACGAGGUCCGCGCGGCGGCGGCCGGUUCAACCGGCGUGAACGAUGACCACGUCGGGCAGCUCGACUACCUCAAGGCCGUGGUGAAGGAGACGCUCCGGCUGCACGCGCCGGUGCCGUUGCUGGUGCCCCGGGAGCCGCCGGUGGACGCCGAGAUCCUGGGGUACCAUGUCCCGCCGCGCACGCGCGUGCUGGUCAACGCCUGGGCCAUCAGCCGGGACCCCGCGACGUGGGAGUGCGCCGAGGAGUUCGUGCCGGAGAAAUUCUUGGGCGCCGCCGCCGCCGCGUCCGUCGACUUCAGGGGGCAGCACUUCGAGCUGCUGCCGUUCGGCGCCGGCAGGAGGAUGUGCCCCGGGAUCGGGUUCGCGGAGGCAAGCGCCGAGAUGGCGCUGGCGAGCUUGCUGUAUCAUUUUGACUGGGAGGCGGCCGGCGGCGGCGGGCAGGGGAGCUGGAACCGGGAAGGGACUCCGACGCCGUCGUUGGACAUGACCGAGGUGAACGGGAUAGCCGUGCAUAUCAAGUCCGGUCUGCCGCUUCUAGCUAAGCCGUGGGUCCCUUAA